AUGUCUGGCCGCGGCAAAGGAGGCAAAGUUAAGGGAAAGGCAAAGUCCCGUUCCAACCGUGCAGGAUUGCAGUUCCCGGUCGGUCGUAUCCACCGUCUGCUCAGGAAGGGCAACUACGCCGAGCGAGUUGGUGCUGGCGCUCCAGUCUACUUGGCUGCCGUCAUGGAAUAUCUGGCUGCUGAAGUUCUGGAAUUAGCGGGAAACGCUGCUCGUGAUAACAAGAAGACCAGAAUCAUUCCCCGUCAUCUGCAGUUGGCCAUCCGUAACGAUGAGGAAUUGAACAAACUGCUGUCUGGCGUUACCAUUGCACAGGGUGGUGUGUUGCCAAACAUUCAGGCUGUUCUGUUGCCCAAGAAAACCGAAAAGAAGGCCUAA